UCUGACGACGCUUUUGAUGGCUGACAGCGCUGUGCAGCGUCCAGCGGGCCUCAGGCCCCGCGCUGCUGGUGCGUCUCGGAGGGCUACAGGUACUAAAACAAGUGCUUUGAGACCAGAAGAUGCUUCUAAAAGAAAAGCAGAACUUGAAGCAGCUGUGAAAAAGAAGAUUGAGUUUGAGAGAAAAGCUCUACAUAUUGUCGAACAACUAUUAGAAGAGAACAUUACAGAAGACUUCCUAGUGGAAUGUGGGAAGUUCAUCACACCUGCUCAUUACAGUGAUGUUGUGGUUGAACGUUCAAUUAUCAACUUCUGUGGUUAUCCUUUAUGUCAGAAGAAGCUGGGUAUCGUACCAAAACAGAAAUACAAGAUUUCUACCAAAACCAAUAAAGUCUAUGAUAUUACUGAAAGAAAGUCUUUUUGCAGCAAUUUUUGUUAUAAAGCGUCUAAGUAUUUUGAAGCACAAAUUCCCAAAACUCCAGUGUGGGUUCGAGAAGAAGACAGACAACCUGAUUUUCAGCUGUUAAAGGAAGGACAAAGUGGCCAUUCAGGAGAAGAAGUACAGUUAUGCAGUAAAGCCAUUAAAACAUCAGAUAUUGAUAAUCUUGAUCAUUUUGAAAAGCAAUAUGAAUCUAGUUCUUCUAACACUUGUAGUGAUAGUAGCAGCGAUAAUGAACAAGACUUUGUUUCCUCUGUUCUACCAGGAAACAGACCAAAUACAAUGGGUAAAGGGUCACAGUUGCACAAAAAAACCAUAAUGAAAAAGAAAGCUGGUCAAAAAACUAACUCCACACUGUUUUUGUAUGGCCAAAAGUAUGCUUCUGUAUGUCUGAAACCCUCUUCAGCCUGUCUAGUUAAUGAAGAACUUGAUGAAGAUGACAUAAACUCCGAUUCAUAUAAUCACUCUCUUGCCUUCAGGGGAUCUCAGAAUAGCCUGGAUCAGUCUUUACCUUUCAGGGGCUCAGAUACAGCCAUUAAGCCACUUCCAAGUUAUGAAUCCUUGAAAAAAGAAACUGAAACAUUCAAUCUGAGGAUCAGGGAAUUUUAUAGAGGACAGUAUGUUUUGAGUGAAGUCACUACCGUAUCACAGGACUCAGAAGAGCAUGAUCCCACCUUCCCGCUGAUAGAUUCAAGUUCCCAGAACCAGAUUAGAAAACGCAUCGUACUUGAAAAAUUGAGUAAAGUAUUGCCUGGACUUUUGGGUCCUCUUCAGAUUACCUUAGGAGAUAUUUACAGUCAACUUAAAAAUCUAGUCCGAACUUUCAGAUUAACAAACAGAAAUAUUAUACACAAUCCUGUGGAGUGGACUUUAAUUGCAAUGGUAUUGCUGUCAUUACUGAAUUCAGCUCUUGGCAUUCAGACGCAUUCUCAAAAAAAUGUGUUAUUUACACAGUUUAUAGCUACCAUGCUAGAAGAAUUACACUUAAAGAAUGAAGACCUUGAAAGUUUAACCAUCAUAUUUAGAACUGGCAAUUAACCAGAGUGAAGUACUCUGGUUUGGACAGUAAUCUAUAUGAUCACACUAU